UGGAGCUAAAAUUUGCGGUGAGCAGGGUUAAUGACCGAAGAGUCUCAGAGGUUUGUUUAAAAGCUGAUGAAAAAUAAAUUUCUCAGACCUGAGUGCUGUAUGGGACACCAUGGAGCGAACCACAUUGGUACUAACGAUCCUUGGACAUUUACUUCUCUGUGUCACUUCGGCCCCAGUCAAGCAGCAACAAGAUGUCGACAUCUACAGUUUUCACAUCAACUCCACAGUAAACAGCCGCUACGCCAUCACAGUCAUCACAAGCCGUGUGGCGAACCGGCUCAAUGAGUCCAAAGAAAUUCAUUUCCAGGUCAAGAUACCCAAGAAUGCUUUCAUCAGCAAAUUCAGGAUGACCAUAGAGGGAAAGACGUAUGAUGGAGUUGUGAAGCAGAAAGAAGCGGCACAACAACAGUACAGUCAAGCAGUAUCUCGAGGAGAAAGUGCUGGGAUUGUCAGCUCAGUAGGACGGACUCUGGAGGACUUUAAAACCUCAGUGACGGUGGCAGCUUUCAGUAAGGUGACCUUUGAACUCACCUAUGAAGAGCUGCUAAAGAGACGGCUGGGCAAAUACCAGUUACAAAUCAACGCCCAACCAAUGCAGAUUGUAGCAGAUUUCAAGAUCGAUGUCUACAUUAAUGAGCAUCCGGGUAUUUCCUUCCUGGAGAUUAAAGGAGGGCUGAAAACUCAGGAGCUGUCCAGUGCUGUAACCAGUACUCUGGCUUCAUCUACCAAAGAGGCAUGGGUGAACUUUUACCCCACUCGUGAGCAGCAGACAAAGUGUGAAGGUUGUGGAGAAAAUGGACUAAACGGAGACCUGAUCAUAGAGUACGAUGUGAAGAGACCAAAACAAAAUGGAGAACUACAGGCAUCAAACGGAUAUUUCGUCCACUACUUUGCACCCACAGAUAUUCAGAAAAUCCCCAAAAAUGUGGUUUUUAUCAUCGACCGAAGUGGCUCUAUGCGUGGCAGGAAAAUGGCUCAGACUCGUACAGCAAUGCUGAAGAUUUUGGGAGAUCUUGAUCAGGAGGAUUACUUCGGCCUGAUAAUCUUUGACUCUAGUGUAGAUGUCUGGAAAGCUGAACUUCUCCAGGCCACGGAGAAUAAUCUGAAUAAAGCAAAGGAUUUUGUGAAGGACAUCCAGGCUAGAGGAGCCACAGACAUCAACGCUGCAGUGCUGAAGGGGGUGGAUAUGAUCAAGAGAUACCCACGAGCAGGCUCCGCCUCCAUCCUUAUCCUGCUCACCGAUGGAGACCCCACUGCAGGUGAAACAAACACAGGGAGAAUUCAGGAAAAUGUCAAACAGGCCAUUGAUGGUAAAUUUCCACUUUACUGCCUGGGGUUUGGAUUUGAUGUUAAUUUUGAUUUCCUGGAAAAAAUGGCGCUGGAAAAUGAUGGAGUUGCUCGCAGGAUCUAUGAGGACUCAGAUGCUGACCUCCAGCUGCAGGGCUUCUAUGAGGAGGUGGCCACGCCGCUCUUAACUGAUGUUCAAAUAAACUACAACGGAGCAUCAAAUCUCACCCAGACCAGUUUCAGGCAGUAUUAUAACGGCUCCGAGAUUGUGGUGGCGGGACAAAUCACAGACAACAGCCUGGAGACUUUACAAACUGAGGUCAUCGCAAUCUCAAUAGGCUUAAAAGUUACUUACCAGGACUCCGUGUCGACAAAAGACGUCAUUGAUGUUUUACCACAACAUGAAAACUUCAUCCAGAGGCUGUGGGCUUAUCUUACAGUCAAACAGCUCCUGGAGAAAGAAGUGACACUUAAAGGAGAUGAGAAAGAAGCUGCCAAGAAAAAAGCUCUGGAUCUCUCUCUCAAAUAUGAAUUUGUGACUCCACUCACCUCCAUGGUCGUCACUAAGCCACAAGAAAAUGAGACACAGGUCGCCCACAAACCCAAAGAAGGGGAAGAGCCACGCACACACUAUCGCCGUGUGUUGGCACAGCUGCCUCCAAUGAUGAGGUUCCUAAUUUCUAUCCUGCCAAAGCCGAUCUGUUAUGACGCACCUGCAGGGCACAAACUACUCCUUCUUAAAGACCCCUCAUCAGACUUCUCCAUGAAUGGCCACCUCUCAGACGAAGGCUUCCAGGUGAUUGUUCUUCAUUAUAAAACAGAGAAGCUUCGCGUGAGCCAUAAUAACAUUGUCUACAAUAAUGGAAAGAACAGAGUGAAGUUUGUAUGGGGGCAGUUGGAUCCCGGCAGGCAUAAGUCACACAAUGUGUCAAUAUUUCUAAGGAGCAACAAAUUAAACGUCACCAUGGGAAGUGUAAAUGUUGUUUUCCUUCUUCAUAAGAAAUUUGGGGAUGUGUUUCUGUGGCCUGUUAUUCAUCAACAACCAAAAAAUGCUGACAUCCAAGGCAUUCUGGAAAAAACUGAUCUUCAGUAUGAAGAGGUAUCAGACUCAAAGAUCAAAAUUAAGGAUCUGGAGAUUGAGGCAACCUGGAGCUCGGCCAUCGACUACAGAUUUCCUACAGCCCCUAGUGUGGAGUGCUGGCUUGUACCGGUACAGUCUGCCCUGCAGGGGGAGCUGUCUGACUUCACUGUCUCACAGCUGUAGAAUUGCCUUUUUCCCCUAAACACUGACUUGUUGCUGUUCUGCUAGAUAUUAAUGAUUAUCUAAGGAAAGAGCC